CAGAUCCGGUGUAGGUGUUUUAUGACAGUUGUCAGCUUCUCAGUCCUGACAAUUAAUGAAAAGGUUGAAAUCCAUGGGGCUGGUUGGCUAAGAUGCACUGGCCCCUGGCUGUUACUAUGGUAACUGUCGGAGAAAAAUGCAGCUUGUCAGUGCUGACAACUUUGAUGAACUUUAAUAACUUAAUGUACUUGGGAUUGACCUUGGAAUUCUUGCAUGAGGUUAACAGCUGAUUUCUAAGCCCCGCCCACUUAAUGAGUUUUUGUUAUAAUUUGUGUUAGUGUUUCUGUACUGUAAUACCUGUUCUAAACAUAUGGCAUCGCCUUUGAGGAAAAUCGGACAGAAAAUACUGUCAACCUAUUGCAAAAGAGAUCAGAGCAUAUUACAGAGAUUACUCUCAAAUGAUGUGCGCAUGGGAUUUGUUGGAAUGGUUGGCAAGACACCAUUGAUUCGAUUGAAUAAAGUCAGUCAGGAGACUGGAUGUGAUAUUGUGGUGAAAGCAGAGUUUGCUAAUGGCGGGGGCUCAGUAAAAGACAGAGCCGCCCUUUUUCUCAUUCAACAGGGCAUUGACGAAGGUCGGCUGAAACCCGGCGGUACAGUUGUUGAAGGAACUGCAGGAAAUACAGGCAUUGGUUUAGCCCAUAUAUGUAAUGCCAUGGGUUUCAAGUGUGUGAUCUAUAUGCCUAAUAGUCAGAGUCAAGAAAAGAUUGACAUGCUGCGACUCCUUGGUGCUGAAGUCUUUCCUGUUCCUGUUGUGCCUUUUGAUAAUCCUGAUAAUUAUAACCACCAGGCAAGGAGACAUGCUGAAUCAUUAGAUAAUGCAAUUUGGACAAAUCAGUUUGACAACACUGCCAAUAGACAAGCACAUAUAGAAACGACUGGACCAGAAAUAUGGGAACAGACUGAGGGAAAGGUUAAUGCUAUUACCUUUGGCACCGGAACAGGUGGCACUUUAGCAGGGGUAGGUAUGUACAUGAAGGAAAAGAGUAAGGAUGUAAAGGUCGUCUUGGCAGACCCUCAAGGUAGUGUCCUCUAUAAUUAUUUCACCCACGGUAAGAUAGAAAGGUCACCAGGAUCAUCCAUCACAGAGGGCAUAGGUCAAGGUCGGGUCACAGAUAACCUAAAGGGCGCUCCCAUUGAUCAGGCUUUGUGCAUUAUGGAUACCGAUGUUGUCAGUAUGACAUUUCGUCUCUUGAAAGAAGAAGGGUUCUUUGUUGGUGCUUCAUCUGGUCUUAAUGUAGUAGCAGCAGUAGAGGUUGCUAAGCAACUCGGACCUGGGCAUGUGGUAGCUUCCUGCCUGUGUGACACUGGUCAACGAUACUAUGCAAGGCUCUUCAACAGAACUUGGCUCAAAGAAAAAGGAUUAUUUGAUAGCGUACCAGAAGAAUGUCACGGCUUCCUCCAUUCAUGAUGACCUCUAGGAAUGACCUCACAUUAUUGUUCUCUCAAGACACUAGGUGUGCUUCAUAGCAAGUCAUAUUCUCAAGUGAAAUAAAUUGUCUCUUUGGCCCAUAUUCUGAAGUCGGGUUUAAUUUAAACUCUGGUUCUAAGUUUUGGUUAACUAUGGAGAGCCAGUUGUUACAUAUAUCUCUAACAGUAGAGGUUCAAUGUGUCAGCUCAUUUGACUCCCAAAACAUUAUUAACUGCCUGGGAAGGAUAAGUAUGACAGUUGUCUUCACCAUUAAAGAAUUAGUAAAGAGCACUGUAAACAUGAGAAGCAUUCAUCGUAACAAAACUUUGAAACGUUUGGCUUCCCAUAAUUUUAGCACAGAGUUAGACUGUGGUCAGAGUUAGACCGUGGUCUAAGUUAAACCUGACUUCAGAAUACGGGCCCCAAUGUAUAUUAUAUACUACUAUAAUAAGAAUAACAUCAGGCAGUUAUCCCAUACAUCUAUUCUUCAAAUAAAACACAACAUUAUCCAUGAAUUGAAUAUGUAGAAGACAAAAAAUCUUCCUGAUCUUAAUCACAUUAAUAGCUUAAGAUGAAAUAUUACAGGUUGUAGGUUUGGUAGAUUCCUUGGGAAUACCAAUUUUUUUCUUCCAAAUUCAAUAUUAGAGUUUACAGUCAUAUUGCCAUCUCAAAAUUUGUGUUUGGUGUGAGUAAUGAUCUGAUGUUGAAAUCAGAAUGAAUGGAAUUAUGCCAUGGAAAUUAGGCCGUGUUUAAGUUUUUAGAAAGUAGAUGUACUUAAAAUUGUUCUAAAUGAUAUAACUCCGAUGUUCUUUCUGGUCGAUGAAAUCUCUUGAUUUACGUAUUCCAUUGUUCCUCAUCAGGAGUAUUCUGUUCUUAUGUGUUUUUUUAUUUCAACUCAUUAUGUUUUCCAAGUCCUAGUUAACUCUAUUUUGACAUCGCUGCAUUCAAUCAAUCGAAUAUUAUAAGUAAUGUAGAACAAUUAAUCUUUUAUUGAGGGUUGAUAUUUAAUUAUAUGGUUUCUUUAAUUUUUUUAGAUAAUUCUGUGGUGUCCAGUAUGUUUUCAGUAGAAGGUAUGCUAACCUUGGUAAAGGUUGUUUCCACAGGAAGAAUAAAUUUAUAGUUUUAUACUUUAGUUUAAUGGAACAUGACAAAUCACCAGUUUCCAUUAAAAAAAUGGUUAUGGGUUAUAUGAUAAUUUUAUAGCUUUGACCAUUAUAUUUCAUUUCAAUAUAAUGUUUGGAAAGGAUAUAUUCAGGAAACAUGUUGAAUUGUUAUUAUUGUUAUUAUUAUUAGCAGACGUAAUUAGUAGUUGCAGAAGCAGUAGAUUAAAAGUAUCAUUAUUACUGUAAUAUUAUCAUCAUUCUUAUUAUUAUUGUGAUGAUUCUCACGGCUAUAUAUUUUGAAUUGUGGAAGAACAUGUUUUUACAUUAUUCCUGUUUUUUUUCCUUUUCUUUUAAGAGCAUGGCAUUGCCAAACCACAUGAUUUCUUUUUGAUAUGUCAUCUUUGUGUAAAUUCAUAAACCCUAUUUUAUGAAUAUGAUGAUUUGAUUUACAUUGACGGUUAAUUUUUUGGAUUCAGCAAGAGAAUUUUGCCUGCUUCCAGAGAGGUACAUUAUGAAAAUAAUAUGAUGAUGGCAUUGGUGAUAGUAUAAAGCAUCAACUAUUAUUAUACCCCCCCCAAAAAAAAAAAUUGUUUUCAUUAUUUCAAACUGAUUACAUAGUUCUCCAUUCGUUUAUCAUUAUUUUUUACAGUGAUUUUUCUUCAUGAAAUAUUGAUAAUGAUUGGAAUGUAUCAAUUUGGUGUGACUAAUCUGAAAUGAAUAUAUUUAUGAUUGUUUUGAUAUAUCUAAUAAACUUAGAUCGCAUAUUUUUGAAUUAGA